AAGACCGUCUUUAUAAAGUUUUAAUAAAUUUAAUUGUUUAUUUACUUUUUCAAAGUAUGUAGUUCUAAACUUUUCUAAUGAACCGUAAUUAUUUUCGUUUUUUAUAUUAUGUGUUGAUAUUUUAUUGUACAAAUUAUGUUACUUUAAUAAUGACUUAUCUUCGAUUUACAAUCUUAAUUUGUGAAUUGACAUGACUAUUGUGUUCAGUCUAUGGAUGGUUAGCUACUACCAUAUGACUAUAUACUAAUCUUUGCAAGUUUUACGAUAGUUAACGAUACCUCCUAUUUUCUAACAGCACUUGGCAAACUCAACAUGUCAAACCCCAUAUUUGAUUAGAAAUGUGCACAAAAACCUUUAAAUCUCGUAUUAUGCUGUUUAGAAACUUGCACGUAUUACUUUUACGUUAACGAUAUCAGUAGCUUGAGUCAUGUCAUGUGCCACUAUCGGUCAAGAAACUAAAAACGCGUUUACUUCCUAGGCAUGCGAGAAUUUCUAGUGCAUAACCUGUUUGCAUGUUUGAGCAAAAAAUAUUCGUUAAGCUAGCGAAAGGUUGACUGUAAUUAUAUCGUCUGUGAGUUCAAUUCGCCACACGUCUGGCUUCGUAGUUCAGAAACCAAUUUCGCUCUCGACAGUCAACGCUAUACUUGCAUCAGUAAUAAUUUAGUAAGGCGCGUGACCGCGCGCGAGAAGGACGUGUGUUUCUCCGUUUGCAUAAAUAUUUACAAUACGAGAUCGCGAAUUGUAAAUUUUAUUUACACGAGGAGUUCGUGCGUAGAUAUCUCCAAAUAUUUGUUUAAAGUCGCGUCUUUUAUUUCAUCAAGAGUGAUUGAUAGUGACCGUUCGCGUAGUGCUAGCGCUUACAUAAUAGAGCAAACACUCAAUUCAAGAACGACCGAUACAAUUUCAUGGUGGCUCUGACAUUGGAUGCAAAUAGUUUGCGCGCGAAAUACUUGGCGGCAAUUAGUGCGUUCGUGAACGCAACUCGGAAAGUGGUGGGACUUUUCGAAAAUCGAAGUCUGCGUACUUGGUCUGGAGUGCUUUUAGCCGCGUCAGCACAGACAAUGUGUAAAUGAUAUUGCGUGGUCGAGUUUGCGCGCGAAAUACCUGGCGCGAAUCAGUGCGUUCGGUAACGUCACUCGGGAAGUGAGACUCUGAAAAACGAACUGUCUUUGCGUACUUGGACGGAAGUGCUUUUGCCACCUCAGCACAGACAAUGUGUGAGUGAUAUUAGAUUGGUGUUAGCUUUUCGCGCGCGUGUGGUGGUCGUGUCGUGAUAGGUGUCGCGGGGCGUCGCCAAUGCGGCGGCGGCGCGUGCCACAUGUCGCCGCCGCGGGCGCUGCUUGCGGCGCUGCUCGUCUGCCAACUGCUGUCGUACGGUGGCCACCAAGGACUCACCAAGAUAUUCUACACGUUACCUGAUAGUGGACAGCCUUCCAUGCUCAUUUCUCUAGCAGACACUGCCAAAUUAGAAUUGAAGAGCCCCGACGAACUUCUUUUUGUCAAUGAUUCAGAACAACACAAUGAUACAAAAGCAUUCACUAUUUUGAGUAGCGAAGCUUUAGAUGAAGAUAAAGCUGUAAAAGAAGCUGUCGAAAAGGAAUCCACAGAACCGAAACUAAUAGUGAAAGCUAAGCCUAUGCACGAAACUAGGCUGACCAAUGAUGCAUUUCAAGUCGCCACCCCAGCAGUAGAGGAAACUACAGAAUCUCAGGUGAAAGAACAAAAGGAAACUGAAAAAGAAAACAUUCCAGUUGAGCCACGAACCCCGCAAGAAGAUAUACCUUCCUUCUCAGAGUGGGCGCAGAAGCAGCUAGCCGAGGCAGAGAAAAAAGACACAGUUCUAAAUCACUCCAGUCAACCUAGUCAUAGUAAUACAAAUUUUAGUAGUAAAAACACUAAAUUGCGAUCCAAAAAUUAUGCCUCGCUAGCAUGUGGCGCUAAAGUCGUCGCCGUCAAUCCGGAAGCAGGAGCAGCCAGCUCUAUAUUGUCUCCGAACAGAGACGAGUACAUGCUUAAUACUUGCAACAGUCGUAUAUGGUUCGUGGUAGAACUUUGUGAGGCUGUUCAAGCACAGAAGAUUGAAAUCGCUAAUUUCGAAUUGUUCUCCUCGAUACCCAAAGACAUCGCUGUGUAUUUCAGCGAUCGGUUCCCGACACGGGAAUGGGCCAGCGUCGGUCAGUUCACAGCCAAAGAAAUGAGAGAUGUGCAGAGUUUUGAUUUAUUUCCGCACCUGUUUGGGAAAUUUAUAAAAGUGGAAAUGUUGUCUCACCAUGGAUCAGAACAUUACUGUCCGAUAUCACUGUUCAAAGUGUAUGGUACAUCAGAGUUUGAAGUGUUGGAAAAAGAGAAUUCCCAUUCCGCUCAUAUCGAUGAAGACGAAGAUGAUGAAAUCAUAGAUGUGCCUGACAUCCCUGCUGCGGAGACAGAACCGUCUAAAAACCUUUUUGGGUCGGCAAGAGAUGCCGUUAUGUCGAUCAUGAAGAAGGCCGCACAAGCUUUAGUCAAAACAGAAGUUCCUAAAAAUGUGUCAAGUGCACAUAAUGAAACAUCUAUAAACAAUACGUACAAAAGGUGUUGCUCUCCCAGCCAUAUUAUUGUUUGUGAUAAUUGCAGUGAAACGCUUUUUAACGAAGUGUAUGAAUUGAUUAGUUGUAGUUCAGACAAGUUAGUAAGUUUAGUGCGUCAAGCUUUCUUGCGCGAGACAUUAAAGUGCACAGGCAUUUGUCAGCCGUUCGGUUUGGAUUUCAAAAGUACAAAGACAAUUGAAUUCAGUGAAGAGCGUGUGGCUUACAUGAACGCUUUACUAUCGCAAAAAUAUUUAGCUGCGUUGUGUAAUAUCUUAGCUAUAAAGGAAAAGAAAGUCGUUUUAAAUACAAGUUUCGAAACCGAAUCAAAUGUUACCACUAACAUAACAAUUGAUGAAUCACCACAAAAGAUUAACAGCGAGACUAAUUCAGAGCAAGAAAUCAAAUUGGUUCCAGAUAAGAAUAACAUUUCAACUGAUAACAGUUUAAAAGAGAUUGUGGAGUCGGAUGUUAAAACAGGUACAGUUGAACAAAUUAUAGAAAACGAAAACAACGCACAAGAAACUAUAAAAGAGGUAAAAGAUAAAGUAAAUGACAAAAAAGAGGAGGCCCCUCCGGUGAUAGAGGAGAAGCCCCAAGAAGAGCAGACGGAGACGACUCCAACAGAAGCAGAGAAAACUGCAGAAAUCAAUGCGGAAGUGGAAGGCAAAGACAAUUUAAAAACUGAUAACAAGGUUGUCAAAUCAGAAGCAGUAGUAGAAAAGCCGAAAGAAGCUAGUGGGAAUGUGAUAGAUGACACGAAUGAUCAGUUAUUGAUCGAUAGUGACAGUUUGUUGUCAGACUUGGAUCAGAUGGCGGUGGACCCCACACCAUCGGGCGCGCACCCCGCUCAGAACCAGAAUGCACAGGCGCCACUACAAAAGGAGUCUGUUUUUUUGCGGCUGUCCAAAAGAGUUAAGACACUGGAGCGGAACAUGUCUCUUUCGGCGCAAUAUCUCGAAGAACUCAGCAGGCGGUAUAAGAAACAAGUGGAAGAGAUGCAAAAGACAUUCGAAAAGACCGUACAACAGAUGACAGAGGAGCGACGGAAAAGCAACGAGAGAGAACAGAAGUACUUGGAUCAAAUGGCGGGCCUGCAAGAGCAGCUCAGCCAAGUAGGAGAGGCUAUGAAAGUGCUCAUGGAAGAGCGGGACAGCUGGUUCGGCAACGUGACCUUCUUUAAAUUUAUCACUUUCCAACUACUGAUAGUCGGUGCCGCCUUUUAUUACAUCACAAGAACACGGAGAAGAGAUCGUGUAGCGACCCCAGUGACGAGGAAAUCAAAGAAAAAACAAGAGAAGUUCAGAAGAAAAUCAGUGGAAGGAGUGAGCGGCCACGAAACUCCGUCGGCGAAGAAGCGGCGGCCGAGCGAAGAAGCUCUUCAGAUCGCGCGCCAAUCUGCCGAAGAGAUAAGUCGCGAUGAAGACGAAGGCGAGUGGCAGCUGGCCAGGAAGAACAGGAGGAGAAAGACUUCCAUAAUACACAGGAGCGCCGAAGUCGACUCCCAACCGAAUUGGAGACGCCAAGACAGCAUCGGCAAGUUGCAAGAGAACCCUAUAAUCUUGGAUGAGGAGGAAUUCCUCGCGCCGGUCUCGGAGCCGAAGGUGUUCAACGACACCACGGAAACAGUUCCACUGAAAAAGGAGGUUCCGAAAACGAACGGUUCAUUCUUCAACAACCUCAAGAGUAAGACGAUGAAAACGAGACGGCUGUCUUCCCCCGCCUUCCUUCGCACUUUGAGCCGGCAGAGCAGUCGGAGUAACCCCAGUCCUGUCGUGAAGACCCUGGAGCCCAUUUUCAACGGCAGAGCUAGCAAGAAGGCAGCAUCAGAAUCUCCAACCGGCAGCCUGUGGUCGGAAUCUACUGAGCUAUCGCAGAACGGUCCGCAAGACGACGUAAGCGCCGGCGGUAAAAAGAAGAAAAGUCUCAAGAACAUACUGAGGAAAGUGUUUUGAGAACUCUGCUAAUCAUUUUUUACUGUGUGUAUAAAACAGUCGCUUUGUGUGCGUUUAAACACCAUCACUAUGUGUAAUUUAUUGUUUCCAUGCGAAUAUUAAUCUAAUGUAUUUAAAUUAUUAUUGUUAGACCUCGAUAGGUGCCAAUUGUGAUAAAUUAGGAAGCCUAAUUGUUAGCAUGUUGUGUUUUAUUUUACGUGAUGAUGUUUGCUUGUUGAUUGCAUGAUGUUUUUAAGAUAUGACAAAAGCGAGACGGACGUACAGAUGUGUGGGAAAGCCUUCGAGGCCGGGCGUUCAGUAAACAAAGAAAUGGCAUUAAAUGCAUUAAUCUGAACCGAGUCGUUUCAUUUUCUCUGAAUAGAUUUUUCUACCCAAAAACAAUUUUAAUUGUUCCAGUUAGAGCAAUCGGCCCGCCAGACAGGUCACGAGUGACGCCUGUUGCCAAACUGGUUGGAUUAUUAAUUCAAAUUCCUUUUUUAUUUAAAUGGAAUUCAAUUUAUUUUGUGCUGCUGUAUAAUGCAGUUGAAACUUUAUAAAAAAUGUGAAAUUUGCGUUGUUGUAUCAGUUAAGUAAACACCUCGCGAAAU